CGGAGGGCACGGCGCUGCUAACUGAGUGUUGGGUGUUAGCUCAGUCUGCCAGGUGAACCUACCACUGACUACUUCUGAUCUUUCAAGAGAAAUCAGGAAGAUUAAGGUGAUCUGCUGAGAUGCCCAUCAUGGUAGAUGACAUCAUGAAGCUUUUAUGCUCGAUUUCCCAAGAAAGGAAGAUGAAGGCGGCCGUCAAGCACUCUGGAAGGGGUGCUGUGGUUGUGGGGGCAAUGGCCUUCGUCGGUGGCUUGGUUGGUGGCCCACCAGGAUUAGCUGUUGGGGGAACUGUUGGGGGCCUGUUAGGUGCCUGGAUGACGAGUGGACAGUUUAAGCCCGUUCCUCAGAUCUUAAUGGAGCUGCCCCCUGCUGAACAGCAGAAACUUGUUAAUGAAGCCACUGCCAUCAUCAGGAACUUGGACUGGACAGAUGCGGUGCAGCUGACUGCUCUGGUCAUGAGCAACCAGGCCAUGCAACAGAAGCUCUUGGCCAUGCUAACAACCUAUGUCACCAAGGAGCUGCAGGCUGAGAUCCGCUAUGAUGACUAAGUCACUCCCCCUGGGGAAUGGAGCUUUCAUUUUAGAUGAUUCUAUGGCUCUCAAAAGGUGACCAGGGAAUGGGGGAAGCCUGACAGGUACUUCUGAGAAACUUGUAUAUUACCAGCAUUGACUGUAAGCUGCUGUGCUAGUGAAUCCUGUUGGACUGUCCUGCUGGAGAGGCCUUGGCCAUGCAUCUUGGGCUUUGUGUGCAAUGGAAAUGUGCAGGCAUGCCUGCUGUAGGCAUUCACAAAUAGCUUGGAGUCCUCCUGAUCAUGUGGGUCUAAAAGAAGUUCUCAUGUUGUUGGCUAGCCGACUGUACCAGAUGCUCCUCUUUCUGUGAAGAGUGUACCUCCAGGUUACCUGUUACAGGAUUAGGUCCCCUUCAUCUCCGGGGUCUUGGGAUUCAGAACCAGGUUUGUCAGGAUUGUGCUUACCUGCUGAGUGUUUCUCUUCCUUGGUCAGGGACUUUCCAGUGGUCUCAUGAUGACAACAGUCCCUCUUUUGAGUGAAGCCACAGAUGCCAGGCAGGCUCUAUGCUCUGCUACGGGCUAUGCCCCAGGCUCUCUUGAGUAACUUUAGUAAAGCUUCUAGGAUCUUCUGCCUCCUUAUGGAAAACCAUGGCACCUCUUUAUAUCUUUUAUUUUUUAAUGUCAAUUCUGGACCCCUUUUGUUCUCUAUACUUUCGUAGCCUGAGUUAAUUUAGUUCCAUUUUCUUUUUCUUCUUACUAUGUUUCCUGGGCGAAGUCCUGGGCUCAAGUGAUCUUGCUACAUAGCUUGGACCGUAGGCUUGUGCCGCCAUAGUUAGCUUUACCUCAAAGAGUGUUCUCCACUCCGCUUUUCCUGAGUCCUCCCAUGCUCUCCUCUCUGCUGGCUGCAAUCUACAGUUCAUUUGUGUGAAAAGACAAAACUAACAGUGAAUCGAGUUCAAAGAUCAACUGAGCUAGGUGCUGUGAUGCAUACCCACAGUCUCAGAUAACUGAAAGCCCAAAGGCCAGGAGUUCAAGACCAACCCGGACAUUGCAAAAGCAGGGAGAUAGGCGGGGACACUAUGCACCUUCUUAGUUGGUUUUUAUUUGCAGUCACAAAAUCAGGAGGCAGUGAGUAUUCUAGUGAGAUGGAAAGAAAGGGGAGACAGGGGAGACCAAGGGAAAGCAGAAACAAUGAGAGCACUAGGUUAACCUCCCAUGAAACUGGCUGUUGACAGAUUGGGCUAGACCUUCCUCCAUUUCCCUAAGUGACAAUGGCUCAAAUUGGACAAGUAGCUGGUUUUUUUUUUGUUUGUUUGUUUUCCUUGUGGUGUUGUGGAUGGAACCCAGGGCUUUGCCUAUGCUAAGAGCCAACACUGCACCCUGUUCCUAGUCCUCCUCUCUUGGUAGAUCCUAGACAAGUUCUCUGAGUAAUCUGGGAAUCUGCUGAUUACCACUGAGCCUGGUCCCAGCCCUUGAGUGACUCAACUUUGUUUUGGUCGGUUGGUCCUAGAGGUUAUGAACUGGAGUUCAACCAUUUGAACUGGAGUUCAACCAUUUGAACUGGAGUUCAACCAGUAACAUCAUAUACAUUUGAUUAAAUAUUUGACACUUCUUUUUAUCCCUUAUUAGAUAAGCUCACUUAUAGAAGGCAGGAGCUGUGUAUCUUGGUUACCUCUCUGAUCACCAGCUUGCUCCUGCUUGGCACCAUGGCUUUUAUGUGGCUUAGACACUCAAUAAAUAUAUAUUUUUAAAGCUAUGUAUUUUAUA